AGAUGGCCUCACGAGCGGCUUGCACGGGCGCGUGCGACGUCUGGCGCAUCCAGAUCAGUACAGAUCAGUGGGGGCGACUCGCAGCCGACCGGAUGUAGACGCGUUGUGCACAUGCGCAGUACGGAUCGUAUUUCCUGUGCGAGUCAGUUUGGGUCACGAGGCGAAUGGCGAAGGAAUGAUGAAAAAAGGAAAUAACCUGAAACGCAUGAGAUAAUUCAUAAAAGAGACAAAUUGCGACUGUUGGCAACAUUUCUGGGCUGUUUGAAAGAAGGAUGGCGUCGGGCGAGGAGGAAGUUUCUCGAGCAAGAGAGAAGAACGAGCGACAGCAACAACCGGAGCUUUGCACGACUUACAUUGUGCUACACGCUCAAGACGUCCAUCAGCUGAUUGGUCAUCAAGAAGAACGUCCCCGUCAGCCACAGGGGGGGAUCUCCACUUUGAGGCAGGAGGAUCCACAGCCCCCCCACGUUAAAGUGGAAGAGGAGGAGCCACAGCCCCCCAACGUGAAAGAAGAAGAGGAGGAACUCUGGAUCACUCAGGAGGGAGAGCGUCUUCUAAGGAAGGAGGAGGCUGAGAUCACCAAGUUGCCACUGACUGGUGUCUCUGGGAACUCUGAAGAGCAUGAAGACAAACCACCUGAGUCCUCACAUUGGUUGUGUCCUUCAGAAGUCCAGCAGCCAAUUGGUCAUCGAGAAGAACAUCCCCCACAGCCACAGAGGGAGUGCUCCACUGUAAAGCAGGAAGAUCCACAGUCCCUUCACGUUAAAAGUGAAGAGGAGGAACUCUGGACCACUCAGGAGGGAGAGCCUCUUUUAGGCUUGGAGGAGGCUGAUCUCACCAAGUUGCCACUGACUGGUGUCUCUGUGAAGACUGGAGACCAUGAAGACAAACCACCCGAGUGCUCACAGCUUCAUCACAGUCCAAGUGAGGAGAACAGAGGGGCGGAGCCUCCAAACGGCAGCUCACCACAACACAUGACAACAGAAGCUGAUGGAGACCACUGUGGAGGAUCACAAGCAGACAACCUCUUAGCUCCACUAUCAGAUAGUGAUGACACAACGUCACACUCUCCUGAGGAUGAAGAUGGGGUCGACACCCAAGAACCUUUGAGCAGCGAUACAGACUGGGAAGGUGAUAUGAGGACUCACACUGACAACAAACACUCUGAAUGCUCUCAAAAAGAUUCCACCUGUUCAGUUUGUGGUAAAAGCUUUUCUUAUAAGAGCCAUUUAACGCAACACAUGAGAACACACACAGGAGAAAGACCCUUUAGUUGCUCAGUGUGUGGUCAAGGAUUUUCUCAGAAGUCAAAUAUGCUUUCACACAUGAGAACGCAUACAGGAGAACAACCUUUUAGCUGCUCAUACUGUGGCAAGCGUUUCACCAGAGCAGUAGCAUUGGUACAUCACGUGAGGAACCACCCAGGAAAAAAAAGUUUUGCUUGUGCUGUUUGUGGUGAUGCGUUUGCUGGUCCAUCGUCGUUAAAUAGACACAUGAGAGUGCACAGAGGAGAAAAACAUUUUAAUUGCCCAGACUGUGAUAAAAGCUUCACUAAAAAAGAAUAUAUGGUCUCACACAUGAGAACGCACACAGGAGAAAAACCUUUUAGUUGCCCCGACUGUGCUAAAAGCUUCACUUUAAAAGAUAAUAUGGUAACGCACAGGAGAACGCACACAGGAGAAAGACCAUUCAGUUGCACAGUUUGUGGCAAAGCAUUUUCUCAGGUCUCAACUUUGAAGUUGCACAUGAGAACCCACACAGGAGAAAAACCGUUUAGUUGCUCAUGUUGCGAUAAACGCUUCACUCAGAAGGCAAGCUUGCAGUCACACAUGAGAACGCACUCGGGAGAGAAACCUUUUAGUUGCUCACGUUGCGAUAGAAAAUUCUCUCACCAGGCAUCAAUGCGGAGACACAUGAGGACACACUCGGGAGGAACCUACUUUACUUGCUCAGACUGCGGUCACAUGUUCACCAAAAGAGUAAAUCUGAUAUCACAUAUGAGGACACACACUGGAGGAAGACCUUUUAGUUGCACAGUUUGUGGCAAGGCAUUGUCUCAGGUCUCAACUUUAAAGUUGCAUAUGAGAACCCACACAGGAGAAAAACCUUUUAGUUGCUCAAGUUGCAAUAAGCGCUUCACUCAGAAGGCAAACUUGCGGUCACACAUGAGAACGCACACAGGAGAGAAACCUUUUAGUUGCUCAUGUUGCGAUAGAAAAUUCUCUAGUCAGUCAUCAGUGGCGAGGCACAUGAGGACACACUCGGGAGGAACCUACUUUAGUUGCUCAGACUGCGGUCACAUGUUUGCCAAAAAAGAAAACCUGGUGUCCCAUAUGAGGACACACGCAGCAGACAAACCCGUUAGCUGCUCAGAGUGUGGCCAUACGUUUGCUCUGAGUUCCUCUUUGUGUCGACACAUGAGAACACACAGGAUGUCCUCUGUGAAUCGUGGUGAGCAGUCUUCUACGGACUGAUAUGCACCAUCCCAGCAUACAUUUAUAACGGGCGUAAAAUACAAAUACGGAACUUAAUUUAUUUGAUGACAAUUGUAACUAAUGUCAGACUAGUUGGAAAUAAAAACAUGAAUACUACUUAGCUUGGAAAUGUACGUUAAAGUCCCGCUGUGUUGGCAGUGGUCUAGUGAAUGCAAACAGUUGGUCCUCACCGAGCCUGACUUCCAUAAAGACACACUGACCGCAGCUGCGCACUUUCAUCAUUUUCGUCAGAUGCACAUAUUUUCCACAUAUUGUUGAUCGUAAAGAGGGUCAGCGUGUUUACAUUAGCCACAUCACGCUAGUUGAAGACUUCUCACUGUCAACAUCUGACUGACACCUCAAUGGACCCAAACUGUCUACCACGUCUGCUGUGGCCAAUCCAUUUCUGUUAUAAUUCUAUAUAAAAGUACCAGCCCCCCUUCUGACGUGCGUAGUUUGGGCCAGUUACAUCCUAUGUUAAUGAUGGCUGAUGCGUUGAAUAUCCAGUUAAGUUGUGAGCUCAGAUCACAUGUUAUUUACAAUGUCAUACUGUAUGUGUGCUGUGAGUCUUGCAUUUCCAAAUGGUUUGUAGUGCCAUUAAAAUGCACUCGAGUCCAAGCAGGGGAUUGAGUGCCAUGAAUGUGACAAGCAAUUAAUUACCUGUUCAGGCUUUUUCCUCAGAUCCUGUCCUGUAGCUGGGGGCCCUGGAGCCGAGCAUUUGCAUUUCAUUGUCAAAGAGCGCAUCUCCCUUUUUAUGUAACUUUUUUCACAAGUUGGCUUCUUUUGCGGUGGUUCCUGAUGUCCACCAUUUGUAUGUGAAGCCGUAUAAGAGUUUGAAUUGGAAGGCCACUCUUGGCGAGACAUCUGCAGACCGCUUUGCACUCUGUAUGUUAUCUGACCCAUAUAUAUAUAGUAGGGUUGGCCAAAUGAGUGCAUUAAUUGUCAUUCAUUAUUUACUCAU